AUGAAGUUCCAGCGUAAGGCUGCUCGGAGCCUUGGUAUUGUGUAUCUUGUUUUUACCUGCUGCAAGGGCACAAAGCCCACGACCACCCUAGCCGAAGGGCGUACCGAUUGGUCUAUUCGGCGCUGGUUGCAGUGUUCGCAGGGCGAGACCGUCUGUGUAAAGACCGACGCCGUGGUAUCGAUAUCCGAGCCUUGA